AUGCGUCAUUACCAGAUUCGGAUACCAGAUUCGGAUUUAGCGCAGUCGAUUACCUAUUGUCUACCCGAUUUCACGCAAAAAUCGAGUGCACACUUGGGGACUCAAACGGAAGCGUUUGACCGUUAUCCAGUAAAAAGACGUGGGACACUAUUGAACCACAAACAACCAAUAUUUGAACGGUAUUUAUCUUCAUCGUUGUCGACCAUUACCACUGAAGAUAAAUCUCAGCCAUUAUUAUUUAGUAGUGCAACGAAAGACGAGAAACUAAAACCCUUCUUUUCAACUGACAAUUAUACAAAUAAACCAUCGAUCUUUGAACAUGCAUCAACAAAUGGUUUUGGUAGCAAAUCGAUAUGUGGAAAUACAUCUGAAAUUAAAAACUCAGGUAGCGGAUUUCAAAUUUCGGGUUUCGGAAAUAGUACAACUACAACAUCCUCGCCACUAACUAGCACAGUCACUGGAUCGAACAAUAAUGGAUUUCUAGGUUUUCAGUUUGGAAACAAUUCAUCAAAUUUUAAUAAAGCAUUCAAAUUUAGUUUUGGUGAAUUAGCCAAACCAAAUAAUAAUAACUCGACAGAUGGAAAUGAUCGAGUGUUUCCUUAUCAAGGCACUUCAGUAUCUGGUUCAACACCAAAAAAGAGCUAUAAUACUCCUCCGGCUGGUGAGAAUGAUGACACUGGCAGCGAUGCCAACGAUUCCUAUGAACCAUCUGUGACAUUUCACCCAAUUAUAAAGUUAGUCGCUGUUGAUGUUCAAACUGGCGAAGAAGAUGAAACUGUUCUAUUUUGUGAACGAGCCAAAUUAUAUCGAUAUGAUAAUAGCUCAAAUUCAAUGAAAGAACGUGGCAUUGGUGAAAUGAAAAUAUUACAACAUAAACAAACAAAAGUCUGUCGUAUACUCAUGAGACGUGAACAGGUUUUGAAAGUCUGCGCAAAUCAUCAGAUAUCAUCCACAAUGGAGAUGAAAUCACAUCAUGCAUCGGAUAAUGCAUAUGUAUGGAAUUGUUUAGAUUACGCUGAUAAUAGCACUAAACAAGAAACAUUCUGUGUCAAGUUUAAAACAUCUGCACAAGCAAAACAAUUUAAUAGCGCAUUUAAUGAUGCUAAAAAAUUAAACGAAAAUUUAAAGUAA